ACCUUACGCAAUGCCUGCUUCACGCCACACGAAAAAAAGCAAACGACUUCUGCUUCUCCAUCUUCCUUCUCUCGCGCCAAGUUCAAGAAUAGCGCAAAGCCAAUACAGCGAGGGGCGUGCCCCUACAACCGCCCUCCCUGCAAGGCCAAAGACCUCCCCUGCCACUCUGCUGCCGAUGCAGCAGGUUGAAGGAGGGGAAAAGCUUUCCGCUGGCAGCAGCAAUGAAAACAACACCGGCUGCGUCAGCCAGCAAGAUCAAGGUGCUGAAGGACUGGCGUACCUGAUCAGCGUUGGUUCUUUCAAGGAAUACGACACUGUGGAGGAUGCUCAGGACCAGUUUGUCGCCAUAGCCAUUAAUGCCAAUGUAUCGCCAAGCGCGCGUUGA